AUGAUGCAUCGUGGCGGGGGCAGCAGCGUGGGUGACCUGUCAGAGUCGACCCUGCACAACAAUUCAUUGUGGUGGCUGGCAUGUGGGCUGCUAGCCCUGCUGGCCAACUCCUGGAUUAUCCUGAGCAUCACAGCUAAGCAGCAGAAGCACAAACCCCUGGAGCUGCUGCUGUGCUUCCUAGCUGGGACCCACAUCCUCAUGGCAGCUGUACCCCUCACCACCUACGCCGUGGUGCAGCUGCGGCGCGAGUCCUCCGAUUAUGACUGGAACGAGAGCAUCUGCAAGGUCUUUGUCUCCACAUACUAUACCCUCGCCCUGGCCACCUGCUUCACAGUGGCUUCCUUGUCCUAUCACCGUAUGUGGAUGGUGAGGUGGCCAGUAAACUACCGGCUGAGUAAUGCCAAGAAGCAGGCUCUGCAUGCAGUGAUGGGCAUCUGGAUGGUAUCAUUCAUCCUCUCCACUCUGCCCUCCAUUGGCUGGCACAACAAUGGUGAGCGCUAUUAUGCCCGUGGCUGCCAGUUCAUCGUCAGCAAGAUUGGGCUGGGAUUUGGUGUCUGCUUCAGCCUCCUGCUCCUGGGAGGAAUCGUCAUGGGCUUGGUGUGUGUGGGCAUCACCUUCUACCAGACCCUGUGGGCGCACCAAAGGCACCAGAGAUGUCGUCACCGGCAGACAGAGGAAGCUUCCUCCUCCUUCCCCGCCUCAACACACAAUACCUUCAAUGUGCCGGCCAUCGUUGUAGAGGAUGUCAGGGGCAAGAGGAGGUCAUCGCUGGAUGGCUCGGAGUCAGCCAAGACCUCCAUGCAGAUGACCAACCUCAUCAGCGCCAUUGUCUUCCUGUAUGACACACUCACCGGGGUACCCAUCUUGGUGGUGAGUUUUUUCAGCCUGCGCUACGAUACCGCCCCCACCUGGAUGGUGCUGGCAGUGCUCUGGUGCUCCAUGGUGCAGACCUUGCUGCUCCCCUCCUUCAUCUGGUCCUGUGAGCGCUACCGAGCUGAUGUCCGCACCGUGUGGGAGCAGUGUGUCGCCAUCAUGACAGAGGAAGAAGGGGAUGAUGAUGGGGCCUGUGAGGAUUACGGCGAUGGGCGGAUCUGUAAGGUGCGAUUCGAUGCCAACGGCGCUGCGGCUGUGAAACGGGAUCCCAGGGACGUCAAGCUGCUGCCCAUGAAUCACAUGCUGCUGCCCCACGACAGGGUGCACUAUCUGCAGGUCCCCAUCUCCCGGAGAAUGUCCCACGAUGAGACUAACAUCUUCUCCUCCCACCGUUCCACUCCAUCCUUUCUUCACAAGUGGUCAUCAUCUGAUGACAUCCGAGUCGCCACUCCCCGCAAGCCUGGGGGCCCUGGCUUCCUUCCUCCUGAACUGCGUGACUACCACCACCGCCGGCGGCCCCCUGAAAAUGAGCUAACAACUCUCCGGCAGUUUCUUGAGGGGGGGCUGCUCCCCAGAGGAUCCAGCUCCAGCGCCUGCUUCUUCAGGGAUGAGAUCACCACAUUCAUCGACGAGACACCUCUACCCUCCCCAGCCUGCAGUCCACGCCACUCCCGCCUCCCACUCACAUUGCGCCGGGACCGCCGCCUCUCCCUUGGGGGUGCUGAGGAGGAGGAAGAGGGCCCUGAUCGGGCACGACGCUGCUCACUGUCUGGCAGUGAAGACUGGCAUCUGCAGGACAGACAGCAGGCACAUGAAAGGACCCUUGAAGCCUGUGAGGCACAUACCUUCAGGGAGCUCAACCUAUGA